AUGUGCUGGCCGUGGGCUGAUGUCUAUCUGGAAGAGGAGCCUAAAGACAAGCAGAGGAAACCGAAGAGAGUCAACUACUAUGAUCCGCAUAAACUGCCAGACGAACACCCGCCAUCUUCUCAUUCAAACUAUUCAACCAAGACAGCCUCAAUUCUCAACCUGACUUUUCCCAACAAUCCACCACCCAAAAAUCAUACUCUCGCCAUGACGGUAGCCGAAGAGAACUUCCAGCCCCAAACUCGAGAUACGACCAAUGGGCCCAAUCUCCAUACCUAUAUCCCCCGCUCAGAUGGAGCCAUCAUGGUGGGCAGCAUAGCCUACUUCCCCGAAGGCUAUGUGCCUGCAGCCGCCGCUGUACCCACGAUUCCAGUCGUCGUUCAGCCUAGCCAACCAGCACUUGUCGGACAACAGCCAGUCAACUACCCAGUCGCUAUGCCCAUGCCCAUGCUUCCCCAGCAGCCCCAACCAAUCUACCAACAACAGCCAUACAUGGCCCAGCCACAGCCCGCAUACUACGGCCCCGGCUUCCAACAGCCACCUUUCGGCACCAUCGGCCACACGGGUGGCGAAAUCAUGGCCCAGCAGAUACAAAUGGCCGGUCAUUUGGAAAUGGAUAAGCCGCAAGAGAUGAAGCCUGCUGACGACGACAAGUUCCGCUUCUACUGGGUGCGAGAGCUAGAUAAUACCUGGUCCCAACGGAACCGCUUGACGAUUGAUAGUGGGGAUAUUGGGGAUGUUAGGUGGUAUGCUAAGGAUGGUUCUUUCUAUGCGGUCAGACUGCCGAUGUCUUAG